AACAGGCGUUAACGACACCAUUGACAGAGGCUGAGUAAUGAUGUGUCGUCAAAAAUAGGUUGUGAUCAAGGGCGUACGCGCGCGUCGCUGUCAGUUUGAGAACGCAAGCGCGUCCCCGACUCCGAAGGCGACUGCCGUACGUAAAACAAGAAUUGCUAGAGAGACAAGUCCGCAUACUUUAAAAUCGAGAUCAGAAGUCCCUUAUUUUGAAACGAAAAACAUACUCUUGGCUUGUAUAACUGUCCGAACUGGCUAAGGGUCUUCAGGAGAAACGAACGUUAUAAGGCCGCUUGGAGCAGCAGGUAGCUGGCCAUCAGAGUUGUAAAUUACUGUGCUAACCAACUAGUGGCACUUGUCGAUUUGCAUAUGCGGUUUAGAACUGACUGGUAACCCUUCUGCAGGCAUUCCUCUCGUCUCGUUCCUGGAGCCAGAGCUUUUGGGGGGCAGAGUCCUGCGUUAGUGGCAGCGCCUCCAUCCCCCAGUUAGCCGGAGUCGUCGUUGUGAAUCGGAACGCCAUCGCUGUCAGUGUGUGUCUGGUGUUGUUUAGAUUGAACUGAUCUGAUCUUCUGACCGGGGAAACCGCAGCAGCUGCAAGCCACGCCCUCUGCUCGACCACCCCUGGCCCCGCCCACAUAUCCCUGCCGCCACCAUGGUGCUGUCACAACGGCAACGAGACGAACUAAAUCGAGCGAUAGCUGAUUACCUUCGUUCCAAUGGAUAUGAAGAGGCAUAUUCAACUUUCAAGAAGGAGGCAGAAUUAGACGUGAAUGAAGAAUUGGAUAAGAAGUAUGCCGGCCUUUUGGAAAAGAAAUGGACCUCAGUCAUCAGAUUACAAAAGAAGGUGAUGGAGCUGGAGUCAAAGCUGAACGAGGCCAAGGAGGAGAUCACCCUGGGUGGGCCCAUAGCCCAGAAGCGUGACCCCAAAGAGUGGAUCCCUCGCCCGCCGGAGAAGUACGCGCUGAGCGGCCACCGCUCCCCCGUCACGCGCGUCAUCUUCCACCCAGUCUUUAGCGUCAUGGUGUCAGCCUCAGAGGACGCCACAAUAAAGGUGUGGGACUAUGAGACAGGAGACUUUGAGCGGACGCUGAAGGGUCACACAGACUCUGUCCAGGACAUCUCCUUUGACCAGACAGGCAAGCUGCUGGCCUCCUGCUCUGCUGACAUGACCAUCAAGCUGUGGGACUUCCAGGGCUUUGAGUGCAUUCGGACCAUGCAUGGACACGAUCACAAUGUUUCGUCCGUAGCCAUCAUGCCCAACGGAGAUCACAUAGCAUCUGCCUCGAGGGACAAAACCAUCAAAAUGUGGGAGGUGGCCACUGGAUACUGUGUGAAGACGUUCACGGGCCACAGGGAGUGGGUGAGGAUGGUCCGGCCCAACCAGGACGGCACCCUGAUCGCCAGCUGCUCCAACGACCAGACGGUGCGUGUGUGGGUGGUGGCAUCCAAAGAGUGCAAGGCCGAGCUGCGGGAGCACGAACACGUGGUGGAGUGCAUCUCCUGGGCCCCCGAGAGCGCCCAUCCCACCAUCCUGGAGGCCACCGGCUCAGAGUCUAAGAAGAGUGGUAAGCCGGGCCCUUUCCUGCUGUCUGGCUCCAGAGACAAGACCAUCAAGAUGUGGGACGUCAGCAUUGGGAUGUGCCUUAUGACACUGGUUGGCCAUGAUAACUGGGUGCGCGGGAUGCUUGUCCACCCCGGAGGCAAGUUCAUAUUGAGCUGUGCUGACGACAAGACCUUAAGGAUCUGGGACUACAAGAACAAGCGUUGCAUGAAGACCCUGAGUGCCCAUGAACACUUUGUUACCUCUCUGGAUUUCCACAAGAAUGCUCCGUACGUCGUCACUGGGAGCGUAGAUCAAACUGUAAAAGUGUGGGAGUGUCGCUGAUCAGAUCCGACCUGAGGAGAUCGGACCACCGCCACCCCCUCUAGGCCUCAUUCCACCCCCAUGCACCCCACCUCACCUCCCACCAUCUCCUUCAUCUCCUCUGGCUACACUCACACACCAUGGUUAAUACCUUAUCCUGUCAUCACGCUCUCUGGUCCAAUAACUAUGGUCCUUUUAUGUACAUUAUUCUGGAUGUAGAUUGAGCUAUUAAAUGUUACACAGCAAAAAAAGUAUUCUUGCAUGGUGAUGAUGAAUCCAAAAUUGUAAACUGUAAAUGUACAUGAUAACGUUGUCUAGAAGUACCAUAGGUUUAACAUAGGUUUAACUGGCUAAGUCUGUUGUCACAUGCAGCCUUACCUACCUACUUACCGAAGGCAGAUAUUUCUUUGUGUCACAAAUGGCACCCUAUUCCCUAUAUGCUGCAAUACCUGGUAAAAAGUAGUACACUAUACAGGGAAUAGAGUGCCUUUUGGGACACACUCUUUGACUGGGUGUAAAAUGUAGGGCACUAAAACCGAUCAUUUAAAAAAAAAACGACAGUGUCGUUUCUUUACGUGUCAGAUUUAUUAUUUUUGUCCACAUUUCUUUCUUUAGGUUUUUCUGUAUUUUUAUUUUCUUUGUAUUUUCUCUCCUUUUCACUGUUGUAGUCUGUCGGUCGGUUACCUUUUGAGGGGAAGAAACGACAAAAGGAGAAGUAUAAUCCCUUGAUGCCAGAGGAUAUGAGAUUGUCUGUCUGUGGGGGUUUUGUUAUUGGAAUAAUCUGUAGCUUUGUAACAUCACUUCUGAAGUGUGCAUACCAUUUCUCUUCAUGUGGAACUAGAUAAUAUAUUAAUGGCUGCAUAUACGAAUGUUUGAAACUGUUGUCUAUCUUUGGACAUCUGGGGGUUGAGAAAAAAAAACAGCUUUGUACUCUUGUCAUGACAACGCGUCCUAAACUGAGUAUCAAAACCACUCCUGAUAGCCUUAGAAUUAUUCUAUCCAAUAAAUGUAUUCUGCUUCACGUUUAUUGGAUCAGAUAACAUUUCUCUUUUGGCAUCUGAAUGAAUUAACCUGGCUAGGCUGCGCAGCUGGCGCCCUUAUUUCAGUUGGUUAGCAUUUAGGUAAAAAACUCAGUGGACUGAUAGCUUUCAGGUUAGCAUUUAGGCUAUGUGAGCCGAUAGCGUGAGGUUACUCCUCCCUGAAACGUUACCCCCUGUCUGUUCGGCCCGGUACUGGGCCUUACGGUUGGCCGCAACUGAUCAGGCGAGCUCCUCAGCCUUUCUCUAGCACUUGGCCCUUUAGCAGCAGACAUCAGGGAUCACGUCUUUUCAUUUCACUUGAAAAGAAGGACCUUUUAGGUGUCUCCCUCCCUCUGUAAGAUGGCUCACUGAUGUCUCAAGUCUAACCUGAGUGAUUUCCAUUGGACUCAACUGAACCCUAUCCCUUUUUCUAACCAUAUGACAAAUCAGGUUACUGCUGGGUUUUGUCUGUUAUACUACAGGAAUCAUGUAAGAGAUUUGAUGCUCAGUUGGCCUUUGUCUUGUGCUGCUUGCUAAUAUGGGCUGUGUAAAUUAGGGAGGGCAAGCUUUAGCUUUGGAUGAAAUAUGCAAGUUUCGAAUGAGUCGGACUCAGUAGGAGAGACGUCGUCAUAGCAUGACAAGGAGUCAAAGUUGCCCCUCAGGUUUCUUUUGGAUGUGCAAAAGAUCGCUCCAGAAAAAAGAAAAAAAAAGAAAUUGAGAGGUAAUAAAGCUGUUUCUGUGGGGGGAAAAGACAUGUAAACUAAAGCUUUUUACUGGGCUGUAGUGAAGUGUCCAAAUCUGUGUUUCCACCAAACUGACUAUUGAACUAUUGGGGGGAUUCAUUCAUUCAAUUGAUGAUUAAAUAAAAUGCUAGCAGUAGACAUACUAAUGAAAGCUUGUGCUCUCUGUACAGUAGAGCGGUCUGAUGGUAGUUCUUGUAAAGGGAUCUUCACCCCUAAGGCUACAUAAAGCAGCUCCCUUGCCACAGACUGGCCUUGGCUUUGGUCUUGGGCUAGGCCUACUGUGCUGCGUUUGUGCAAGAGUGCUUAGACGCCUUUCCUAGUGAAGAGCUCUCGGGGCCAAACUCCACAGGCCGACUAACACAUUGCAGUCGUCUCCUGGGUGGCAGGCACAUCUUUAUCCUAUUCUGUUCAUUUUAUAAUCUAGGCUGAAGAAAUAAUGAAAAAUGACAAUUGGAACGAAAUCUAACCAAAUCCCUCCAUGACAAUGGAGACCAACCAUUCCAUUUCCCUUCAAAUAAAAUAAAAAUAACAUCUUGCUUCUUCUUACACUGCAGCAGGUGAGAAGAAAUCAUUAUCUUGCACAUCCCUGCUUUUCAUUAGAUCUUUGGUCGUUUGUUCGAUUUUAAAUUUAAAAAUGCAUAAACAAGAUUUUAUUUAAAUCAGCCUUUUUCCAUUACAAUGCAAUUCUAUAAAGAAUUCCACUUGCAUAACCAAUCUUAUUAUCUUAAGCUUCUUUGCCGAAUAUCUUCCUGUUCCUCUUUCUGUGUGUAUUUGAUUGGAUGUUGCUAGCUGCUGCUGCUGACCUCUGAACCCUCUGAUAGUGGCUAGUGUGAUGAUGUGACCUUCGACCUGUCGACAAUAGAACUGCUGCAUGUACCAGAGGCUGAUCUGUCUGGUUUGGUGGGCCUUUCUGGUUCAAGUGCUGUGAUGUAAGCAACUGACACUCAGGCCGAGUCUGAAAUGGCACCCUAUUCCCUAAAAGUAGUGCACUUCAGACGCAGACUCAAUCAGCCACAGGCCACCCCGCUAAGCUGUCAAAGGCGAAUCGCUAAUUGGUCCACUUGACAAAUUAUAUACUGUAAAAAGAGCGAGAAGUAGGAUAAGAGAACUCCAUCUCUUACGAGAAGGGGUUGUACCCCUACUGUCUCUUACCAGUAAGCGGGUGUAUGGUCUCUGUAUCUAUGUAUGUAUACUGUGUAUUUUGCAUAUUAACUUUUCAAAGACACCAGACAGACUCUCUACCAGACAGGCUGGCAUAUGAUGGCUGCAGACAGACGGCUCUGUACUUAAUGUGGUGGUUUGUUUGUUGCUGUCAGAGGACAGAUCUGUAAAUUAAUUAAUUGUCUCCUUCCUCUGUAUAUGUGAAGGGAUUGCGGCAGACUAAAGAUGUUCUAAGAGAGAAAAGAAUCCUCUCAUUGAGAGAAAACCACUUAAGCCUCCUCUAGACUAGAAACCCCCAUGCAUUUAGUCAGACCCAGAAUGGUCUUUCUCCAAGCUGCUUUCGCUCUGUCAGAGUGAGAGACUUUGAUUGGAGAGUCGACGUGCGUUACUCCAUACACCAGCCAUCAAUAGGACAAUUGGACUGGUGCUAAGGCACCAUAAAACGUGUUUUAGCUGAAACCCAAAAUAAUGGAGUAACUGAAGAAGGACAUUCUGGUUUAGCUUCAGCAUUCAGAUGUCCUGAUCUGUUCUGUUCUCGAUGCUAGACUAAGUUAGCUUCCUGAUAAAGCCGAUUCUCUCUUUUGAUUGGCUAAAUUCAGUAUUACGAUAUCAGGAUCCUUGGGUGUAAAUUCUAAACCAGGCCUGAAGUUAACCUAAAUGGAUAUUAGACUUGACUCUUAUUGUUAUUGAAAAACUCCGCUUUCCCUUUCUUGGGUUAGACAAGAAAGGUCUAUAAACAAAUUGUCGGGAGGGAGAAUGUGUGUCCCCUCUUGUAAUAUAGUUGUCAUUGAAUGAAUGCUUUACAUAACUGUGCUGUUGUACCUACCCUGUGCCCUGUGAAAAGAAAUCACUUUUUGCUAUUUGCAGGUCCCAAGCAAUCCCUAUGCUGCACUGGCUAGGUGGAUCAGAGGGACUGGCAGACAAGUUUGCACUGUCUGUUGGUCCUUCCCCCCAGUCUCAACUGCAUCCGUCUGCUAUAAUCUGCCUUGUGAAUAGAUUGAGGGCUUCAGACUUCUUCACAGCUUGAACAGGAUUUAUUUGUUUGCUUUCAUGGUCUUUCUCUCACAGCAAAAUUGUUAACAAAAUAUCUGGAUGUCAUUAUUGUUUGCAACAUAAUUAAAGAAAAAUCUGUAAA